CUUGGCGCGCGCCGCGCAGCUCUCAAACAAAAUGGCGACGGAGAACGGCUCCGAGUCUCAAGAUGAAAAAGAUCCUCUCAUGCAAACAAACCCCGACGAAAAUAACUAUCAUCAGAGUGUUACAGUCGCGAAAAAACGCGAACCAGAGCUAAAGCUUUACCACUGGACGCAGAGUUUCAAUUCUCAGAAGGUUCGCCUGGCUGUAGCAGAGAAGGGUUUGCGCUGUGAGGAGUAUGAUGUGAGCCUUCCUCUCAGUGAGCACAACGAGCCAUGGUUCAUGAGACUGAAUCCUGCAGGCGAGGUGCCGGUCCUGGUCCACAAGGACAACGUCCUGUGUGACCCCACGCACAUAAUGGACUACCUGGAGGAGAACUUUAAUGACGAGGGCACUCCCAGACUGGUCCCUGAAGAAGGCAGCAGGUAUUACCUCAGAGUGCAGCACUACAGAGAGCUGCUGGACUCGCUGCCGAUGGAUGCCUACACACACGGCUGUAUCCUGCAUCCCGAGAUCACCGUGGACUCCCACAUACCAGCGUACGCCGCCACGUCUAUACGAGCACAGAUUGGAAGCACACAGUCCGAGCUGGAAAGACUGGCUGAGCAGAACCCAGACCUGAAAGAUGCUUAUAAAGCUAAACAGAGGCGCUUAAAGUCAAAGCUGUUUGACCACGACAACAUGAAGUACCUGAAGAAGCUUCUGGAUGAACUGGAAGGUGUCAUGGACCAGGUGGAGACAGAGUUACAGAGGAGGGUGGAGGAAACACCAGAUGAAGGCAGUCCGUCCUGGCUUUGCGGCGACUUCUUCAGCAUGGCCGACGUCUCCCUGGCCGUCACGUUGCACCGCCUGGAGUUCCUCGGCCUCUCCCGGCGCUACUGGGGCAACGGCCUCCGAGCCAACGUGGAGACGUACUACGGGCGGGCGGUGGAGCGGCCCGCCUUCCGGAGAGUCCUGGGCCACGUCAACAACAUCCUGAUCUCCGCCGUCCUGCCCGUGGCCUUCCGGGUGGCCAGGAAGAACGCGCCGGCUCUGGUCGGCACGACUCUGCUGGUCGGGUUUCUGGGAGGAGCUGCGUACCUCGCCUUCCUCUUCGUGAAGAAGAGGCUGGCUUCUCUCAGCUGAGAGGGAUGAAGGUGAUCUGGGACCACGUUAAGGACAGCUUUAAUUUAAAACAAUUGCACACAGCAAAAGAACGACUUAAAGUGAUGAGUUUGGGAUGUUUUCCCUUUUUUCAGUCAUAUUUACAAGAACCUGUCUGAUAGCGACAUAAAUUAUAUCCACAUGCGCUUCUUUUUGGGAGGUUUCAAUAAUAUCUUACACUGUAUACACAGACAUGUGACCUGAACUAGAUAAUACAGACAUGAUUGCUUAAAAAUGCCAUAAAAAGUUCUUUCAGUUCAGGUUGUUUUUGCCGUUAUUAUGGCUGCACCUGAAUGCACCAUUCCUGUCAUUCUGUACAUGCAUUGAUAACAAAAUAAGUCAAAAUUCUAAAUGUACUGACAGUUAUAAAAAACAGUGUUUAACAAUAUGUAACUCCAGCAAAGGGAUCAGGUAGAACUUCAAAGAUGAGGUCAGACAUCUUGGUUUGUGCUUCUUUAAGAGUCUAAUAGGUUUUGCAUAUUGUGUGCUUGUCUCUUGUUAUAAUUGCAGUGUUGUUAUUUGCAGCGUAAGAAAUUAAAGUGAAAUAAACUCAAAGCCUUUA